UCAUGAUACGACCAGGUUCAUCUAUGAGUAAAGCUAAACAAACAAAAGUUUCUGCUCCAGUAGGAGGAGGAUUAGGUGUAAAAGUAGUUGAAUAAAAAAUGCCAACACUUGAAGAUUAUGUAAAAAAUAGAGAUUGGGUUGGAGCAGUUGCUCUAUUGGAGAAUGAAUAAAAGUAAUUAUUUAUUAAGAAAAAUAAGUUUUAAUGAUUCACGUGCUGAACCUAAGUUAUGGCUUGCAUAUGCUUACUUUCAUAAUGGUGAUUACAAGUAAGAAUUAUAUUAGUAAAUCAAAAAGGAAAGCAAUUUAAGUUUAUGAUUAGAUGAUGAGCAAACCAGAUUAUAAUAAGGAGAUUCAUGUGUAUAAAGCAUGUUGUUAUUAUGCACUUUGCUAAUAUGAGGAUUCAAAAAGAGAAUGCUCAAAAGGACCUGAAACUCCUUUGGCUGUCAGAUUGUAUAAAUUUUGAGAUAUAAAGAUAAUUUCAUAUUGCACAUAAAAAAAAUGAUGAGAAAAAUCUAAUGACUUAUCAUCAUAAGAUUUCUGAAAAUGUUCAUGAUUAAUUAUGCCUAGCUGCUAUACAUUAUUUAAGAGGACAUUAUGAAGAAGUAUAUAAUUUAAAUUAAAAUAUAUAGGCAACAGAUGCAUACAAAAAAUUACUUUUAGAGAAUAGAGAAUAUACAGCUAUUAAUGUUUAUGUGGCUUUGUGUUAUUAUAAAAUGGAAUAUUUUGAUGUCUCAAUUGAAAUCUUACAGUCAUAUUUAAAUCAAUAUCCAACAAGUGUUACUGCUGUUAAUUUGAAAGCAUGCAAUUAAUUUUCCUUAUAUAGUGGAAAGGCAUCAGAAGAGAUUAUGAAACCUCUUUAAUAAGCUUAUGAAGGAGGAAACGUAUUUGCUGAUAACGAUUUAUUAAGACAUAAUUUAGUAGUUAUGAGAGGAGGUGAAAAUGCUCUGUAAACAUUGCCUCCUUUAGUUGAAAUCUUUCCAGAAGCCAAAUUAAAUCUAAUUAUUUAUUAUUUAAAAAACGAUGAAGUCUAAGAAGCUUAUAAUUUAGUGAAAGAUCUUUAGCCUACUUCACCUAAAGAAUACAUACUAAAAGCAAUUGUAUAUGCUAUGAAAGGACAAUCAAAUUCAGAAUCAAAAGAGGCAUUAAAAACUGCUUAAUAACUAUUUUAAUUGGUAGGAUCAUCUGCUAGUGAAUGUGAUACAAUUCCAGGAAGAUAGUGUAUGUCUUAAUGUUUCUUUUUAUGCAAAUAAUUUGAGGAUGUUUUAGUUUAUUUAAAAUCAAUUAAGAAUUAUUUCUCAAAUGAUGAUGAUUUUAAUUGGAAUUAUGGAAUUUCAUGUGCUGGUGUUGGAGAUUAUAAAGAAGCUGAAGAAUCUCUAAUUGCAAUAUAAGCUGAGAAAUAUAAAGUAUUGAUUAUAAAAUAAAUAGUCUGAUGAUUGUUAUUUAAAAUGGAUGACAAGAACUUUCAUUAUGAAUGGAAAACCUAAGUAUAUUAAUUUUAUCAUCUUAUAGAGAGGCUUGGGAAUUAUAUUUGAAUAUGGAUCCAUCUUCAGAAUCAUUCUAAAUUUUACAACUUAUUGCUAAUGAUUGUUAUAAAAUGGGCCAUUUUUAUUAUGCUGCAAGAGCAUUCGAUAUAUUAGCAAGAUUAGAUUCAGAUAAUGAAUAUGAGGAUGCUUUAAAAGGAUCUGUUGUUGGAGUAUUUUAAAUGGUUAUAGCAUCCAAAGCAACCUUAGAUUAAUUACUUGAAGUUAUGAACUUAUUAACAACUUUAGGGGAGAAUCCUUAAGUUGAAUAUAUCAUAACAAUCAUAAAAAAAUGGGGAAAGUAAAAUAACUGGAAAAUCUGA